GUGGCCGUCAUGUCGCUCACCCUCUUCCCCAUCCGCCUCCUGUUUGCUGCCUUCAUGAUGCUGCUGGCCUGGCCGCUGGCACUGGUGGCCUCGCUGGGGCCUCCCGACAAGGAGCCCGAGCAGCCCCCGGCCUUGUGGAGGAAGGUUGUGGACUUUCUGUUGAAGGCCAUCAUGCGGACUAUGUGGUUUGCCGGUGGCUUCCACCGCAUAGCCGUGAAGGGACAACAGGCCCUGCCCACCGAAGCCACCAUCCUGACGCUGGCACCACACUCGUCCUACUUUGAUGCUAUCCCUGUCACCAUGACCAUGUCCUCCAUUGUGAUGAAGGCGGAGAGCAGGAACAUCCCGAUCUGGGGAACCCUGAUACGGUACAUACGCCCGGUGUUCGUGUCCCGGUCCGACCAGGACUCGCGCAGGAAGACUGUGGAGGAGAUCAAGAGGCGGGCGCAGUCUGGCACGUGGCCUCAGAUAAUGAUUUUUCCAGAAGGAACCUGUACAAAUAGGACCUGCCUGAUCACCUUCAAACCUGGUGCCUUCAUUCCCGGAGUCCCCGUGCAGCCCGUGGUGUUGCGGUAUCCAAACAAACUGGACACCAUCACGUGGACGUGGCAAGGACCUGGAGCGUUGAAAAUCCUGUGGCUCACACUGUGCCAGUUUCACAACCAAGUGGAGAUAGAGUUCCUUCCGGUGUACCACCCUUCUAAGGAGGAGGAGAGGAGCCCCGCCCUGUACGCCAGCAACGUGCGGCGCGUCAUGGCCGAGGCCUUGGGUGUCUCGGUGACUGACUACACGUUCGAGGACUGCCAGCUGGCCCUGGCAGAAGGCCAGCUCCGGCUCCCCGCUGACACCUGUCUGCUAGAGUUCGCCAGGCUCGUGCGGGGUCUCGGGCUAAAACCAGAAAAACUCGAAAAAGAUCUGGACAAAUACUCAGAACGUGCCAGGAGGAGGAGCGGGGAGAGGAUCGGUCUGUCCGAGUUCGCUGAGUACCUGGAGGUCCCCGUCUCCGACACCCUGGAAGACAUGUUCUCACUGUUUGACGAGAGUGGAGACGGCAAGAUGGAUCUGCGGGAGUACCUGGUGGCCUUGUCUGUGGUCUGCAGGCCUUCCCGGACGCUGGACACCAUUCAGCUGGCAUUCAAGAUGUACGGGUCGCCAGAGGACGGCAGCGUGGAUGAGGACCGGCUGUCCUGCAUUCUCAGGACCGCCCUGGGGGUGGCGGAGCUCACCGUGACCGAGCUGUUUCAGGCCAUUGACCACGAAGAGAAGGGGAAAAUCACUUUUGCUGACUUCAGCAGGUUUGCAGAGAUGGUCCCCAGCUUCGCAGAGGACUACCUGUAUCCGGAUCAGACCCGGCGGGACAGCUGCACGCACACGCCAGCAGCCCCCAUCCCCAACGGCUUCUGUGCUGACUUCAGCCCCGACGGCCCGGGCGUGGGGAGCAGGCCUUCCUGCAAGAAGCUGGACUAGGCUGGGAGACGGACCGAGGCCCGACGCUGCCCCCACGGCCGCGGGCCCAGGCCGCAUGCUGUUUGCGCCCAAGCUUCCGGACACUGUUUCUUUGUGAGGUGUUUCUGAGCCCAGUGCGUGCAAACACCGUGUGCUGUGCUCGCGGGGAGCCUGGGGCAGCGCCGCGCGGAGUGCGGGUCUCCCGUGGGUCGGGACUGCGCCGGCUGGCAGCCUCCAGCUCUGAGUGUCCAUCCAUCUUUUCCAGCAUUCCUUCCCGGGCUGGGCGGCGGCCGGGCGCGCACGUGCCGCUCCUCUGCGCAUGACUGCGGCCCCGGCCGCCCCGUGGCCCCCUCCCCACCCGUGGGCUUGGCGUGGGGCCAUCACCCAGUUUUUUAAGCAUUUCUAUAUUUGUGUGGAGCUCAUGAGUAUUUUAUAAACCUCAUUUAGGUACUUUGGAAAACAUUCAACUUUUUUUAAAAAAAAAGAGAAACUUGUUUUUCUACUUCA